CAGAAGUCUCUGUAACUGAAUCUCACAUAUCUCUCUCUUUGCACAGAGAACCAACUGAGAAACUUUCUUCAACGAUCGAAAGAAGCUGCUUCAAUGGCGAAAUCGAUGAGAACUAUCAAAAAUCCAUUCUUUACUUCGCAUCCGCCAUCUCCAUUCUUCCAUCUCUCUCUCCUCUUCUUCACUCCCCUGAAGAAAUCAAGUCCCCGAUACCUAAACCACCAUCACCAAACUCGAUGCCCACCUCCACAGUUUUUCCUUCUUCUCAUCUCUCUUUCUCUCGUUUUCUCGGGAAUUUCAUUUCUCACAUUUUCUUUAGACACUGGAUCGUCAACUUGCGUCUCCACAUCUUCCGCUUCCUCUCUCAAAUUCUUCAUCUCCGAUGUCGAUCACCGUCAGAUCUUAACCUCCCUUGCUGUAUCCGGAGCUUCCACGUUGUUUCCGUUACCGGCGAGAGGAGGACAUUCCGGGAAUAUGACGGAGGAAGAGAAAGAGUUUUGGAAACAACCCAAUGGUGAAGGAUACAAGCCUUGUUUGGAUUUUAGUUUGGAGUACAAGAAGAAAUCAGCUAGUGUUUCUAAAGAGAAGAAACGAUUCCUUGUUGUUGUUGUCUCUGGUGGACUUAAUCAACAACGGAAUCAAAUCGUUGAUGCUGUUGUAAUCGCUAUGAUUCUUGAAGCUGCUCUUGUUGUUCCUGUUUUGCAAGUGAAUCGAGUCUGGGGAGACGAAAGUGAAUUCUCAGAUCUUUUCGAUGUAGAGCAUUUCAAGAAAACGCUGAGAUCUGAUGUUCGUAUCGUUUCUUCUCUACCGUCAACGCAUCUUAUGUCUAGACAAACAAUUGAGAAUCAGAUUCCUUGGGAUGUUUCUCCGGUUUGGAUCCGUGCUAAAUACUUCAAGCAGUUGAAUGAGGAAGGACUUUUGGUGUUGAAAGGAUUGGACUCAAAGUUAGCCAAGAAUCUACCGCCGGAUCUGCAGAAACUUCGAUGCAAGGUUGCUUUCCAUGCACUGAGAUUCGCGGCACCAAUUGAGAAUCUCGGGAACAAACUCACGAGAAGAAUGUGGAUAGAAGGUCCAUAUAUUGCUCUCCAUUUAAGGCUAGAGAAAGAUGUUUGGGUAAGAACCGGUUGUCUCACUGGAUUAGGCUCAGAAUUCGAUCGGAUCAUAGCAGAAACCAGAACGUCUCAGCCUCGAUACCUCACUGGUAGACUAAACUUGACCUAUACAGAGCGUAGACUUGCUGGUUUUUGUCCUCUCAAUGUAUAUGAGAUUGCAAGGUUGUUGAAGGCUUUGGGAGCACCUAGUAAUGCGUCGAUAUAUAUUGCAGGAGGUGAACCAUUUGGUGGCUCACGAGCAUUAGAGCCUCUCGCUAAAGAGUUCUCUAAUUUGGUGACAAAGGAGACAUUGGCUCAUAAAGGCGAGCUCUUGCCUUACACCAAUAGAUCUUCAGCUUUAGCAGCUAUUGACUACAUUGUAUCACUUAGCAGCGAUGUUUUUAUUCCUUCCCAUGGUGGAAACAUGGCAAAAGCUAUGCAGGGAAAUAGAGCUUAUGUAGGACACAGGAAGUUUAUAAUGCCUAAUAAGAGAGCGAUGCUUCCUUUAAUGGAGAAUUCUUCUGUUUCAGAUGCCGAGCUCAGUUUUCUAACUCGGAAGCUUCACCGUAAGUCCCAAGGCUAUCCUGAGUCACGGAGAGGGCGGAGAGAUCGUGACGUGAUAGCUUAUCCUGUCCCGGAGUGUAUGUGUCGACAUAGAAAACACAGGUCUGUAGGUUUCUUCUAGGUCAGGCUCAUUGCUUCUCAAGGCAGCGAUUGUCACAAACGCUGGUCUAUUGGUAUAGCUCGGUUGCCUUGCUCCUCAAAGCAAUACUAGUCCAGCUGCAACCAAUCGGCGUUAGACACGUGUACAUAUAAAUCUACUGUAAAUGUACAGAUUCCUUUCCAUGUUUUGCGUACAAAAUUUCAUCAUUCGUACAAAUCACUGAGCUCUAACUAAUAAGAAUGAGACACGUGUAAAAAGAUUUAUGGCCCACAGAUCUUUGACGA